AUGCCGACGCUCGGGUUCGGCACCGCGGGCUUGGGCGACGCGACGCGCGACGCCGUCCGCGCGGCGCUGCGCGUCGGAUACCGGCUCCUCGACACGUCCGGGGCGACGGAGUGGUACAGAGAAGAUCUCGUCGGCGACGCGCUCGCGGCGGAGAUCGCCGCGAGCGAAGGAGGACUCGAGCGCGAGGACGUGUUCGUGACGUCGAAGCUGCACCCGCGGCACUUCGCGAUGGAGGACGCGCGCGUUCAGGUGGAGAAGACGCUGCGAAGCUUGCGCGUGGAGUACGUUGACCUGUUCUUACUCCACUACCCGCGCUGCUGGGGCGACCUGUGCGGCGACCUGGGCGCGGGGGGCGAGCCGAGAGGGACGUGGCGCGACGCGUGGCGCGUCCUCGAGACCAUGCGCGCGGAGGGGAAGAUACGCGCGCUCGGCGUGAGCAACUUCGACGCGCGCGAGCUCUCGGAGCUGCGCGACCACGCGGUCGACGCGCCGUCGGUGGUGCAGCGGCGGUGCGACGUCUUCGUCGCCGAUCGCGACGUCCGCGAGGUCGUUCGACGGUUCGGGUGGACGUACCAAGCGUACUCGUCUCUGGGGACGCAGCAUCGUCUCGGUCUCGACGGCGCGAGUCGGAUGAACCCGGUGUUAAGCGCGAAGCCGGUCGUGGACGCCGCGGAGGCGCACGGGGUGUCCCCCGCGGACGUCGCGUUGCGGUGGGCGUUGCAGUCGACGCCGCCGCAGGCGGUGAUUCCGCGGUCGUCGAACGAGGGGAGGAUCAGAUCGAACUUCGAGAACGUCGCGAGGUUCGAGCUGAGCGCGAGCGAGAUGGCCACGAUCGACGCGCUGGACGGAACGGCGACGACCUAG